GACGCAAGUCGCAGCGACGCCAUUUGCUGCGGCCGAGCGUGGGCGCAGGCUGAUCUCGGGAGAACUCAGUCGCGAGAUUAUCCCGCGCACACGCGACCCGGCCUCCUGCGCUUUUUUCAUCUCCGGCGGCCCCACGCGCUCCCCCUUGAGCUCCUUGGAGAAGUCGCCGCCGUCGCCUGGCUAGAAGUCAGAGUCGCUAAGAAACCGCCAUGCCCAAGAAUAAAGGUAAAGGAGGUAAAAAUAGACGCAGAGGUAAGAACGAAAAUGAAUCUGAGAAGAGAGAGCUAGUAUUCAAGGAAGAUGGACAAGAGUAUGCACAAGUCAUCAAAAUGUUGGGCAAUGGUCGAUUAGAAGCAAUGUGUUUUGAUGGUGUAAAGAGGUUAUGUCACAUCAGAGGAAAAUUGAGGAAAAAGGUUUGGAUAAACACCUCAGACAUUAUAUUGGUUGGUCUACGAGAUUACCAGGAUAAUAAGGCUGAUGUAAUUUUAAAAUACAAUGCAGAUGAAGCUAGAAGUCUGAAGGCGUAUGGCGAGCUUCCUGAGCACGCUAAAAUCAAUGAAACUGAUACUUUCGGUCCUGGGGAUGAUGAUGAAAUUCAGUUUGAUGACAUUGGAGAUGAUGAUGAAGACAUUGAUGAUAUCUAAACUGAGAUCUUCAUUUUACAUUCCAGUUUUUCUGAGGACUGUUCAAUAAUUUGGAUUUUGGUUGUGACCUGUAAGAGAAGAUUAAAUUUCAUUAGUAUGAGUGCAAUUUGUUAAAGCAGACUGAUUUGUUUUCAAGGUAUUUGUGUUUCUUUACUUGGUAAUGCUGGAUUUUCUUAAAUGAACGAUUAGACCUGUUUUGUUCUUUUGAUGUAAUGGAACUUAUGAGUAAAAGACCACAUCUGUUUUAAAAGAGAAAAUAACUGUUUUACUGCUUUUCCAACUUCCACAACUUCUAGUAAGUAAAUGGAUGUUUUAAAUAAAGUGUUUGCCCUGCUCUU